CCCGCUCCGGGGAGCAGAGUCCGGAGCGGGAUCCGCGGCCCACAGGUUCGCAGGUCGGGCCCGGGGACGCUGCGGACUAGCGGGCGGGAGGCGGGGAUUCUGCACCCCGGCCCCGGGCCGUCCAGUGGCCGUCCUCGAGGUUGCGAGGGGCGGUGUUGAAGAAUGUGUGGGCGAACAUCCUGUCACUUACCUAGAGAUGUUCUCACGAGAGCUUGCGCCUACCAGGAUCGGCGGGGCCAGCAGCGGCUCCCGGAGUGGAGGGACCCUGAUAAGUACUGCCCCUCUUACAACAAGAGUCCUCAAUCCAACAGCCCAGUGCUUCUGUCUCGACUGCACUUUGAGAAGGAUGCAGACUCAUCUGAGCGUAUCAUUGCUCCCAUGCGCUGGGGCUUGGUCCCUUCUUGGUUCAAAGAAAGUGAUCCUUCCAAGCUGCAGUUCAAUACUACCAACUGUCGUAGUGAUACCAUAAUGGAGAAACGGUCAUUUAAGGUGCCUCUGGGAAAGGGAAGACGCUGUGUCGUUUUAGCAGAUGGAUUCUAUGAGUGGCAGCGAUGUCAAGGAACAAACCAGAGGCAGCCAUACUUCAUCUAUUUUCCUCAAAUCAAGACAGAGAAGUCAGGUAGCACUGGUGCUGCAGAUAGUCCUGAGAACUGGGAGAAAGUCUGGGACAACUGGAGGCUGCUGACAAUGGCCGGGAUCUUUGACUGCUGGGAGCCCCCAGAGGGAGGAGAUGUCCUGUAUUCCUAUACCAUCAUCACAGUGGAUUCCUGUAAAGGCUUGAGUGACAUCCACCACAGGAUGCCUGCCAUAUUAGAUGGAGAGGAGGCAGUUUCUAAAUGGCUUGACUUUGGUGAAGUCUCAACUCAGGAAGCUCUGAAAUUAAUCCACCCAACAGAGAACAUCACCUUCCAUGCAGUCUCUUCUGUGGUGAACAACUCGCGAAACAACACUCCUGAGUGUCUGGCUCCUGUCGACUUGGUUGUCAAAAAGGAGCUCAAGGCAAGUGGCAGUAGCCAGAGGAUGUUGCAGUGGUUGGCCACAAAGUCACCCAAAAAGGAAGACUCAAAAACACCUCAAAAGGAAGAGUCAGAUGUUCCCCAGUGGUCCAGUCAGUUCCUGCAGAAGAGUCCACUCCCCACCAAGAGAGGCACUGCAGGACUCCUAGAGCAAUGGCUGAAGCGGGAGAAGGAGGAGGAACCUGUGGCCAAGCGUCCUUACAGCCAGUGACACAGGACUUUCAGAGACCAAGGCCAGGGUCUGCUGCACUGCUGUUCUGAUAAUAGGUUCUUAACAUUGUAUGUAUGUGUGUUUGCUUUGGGAGGAGGUGGCACUGUGUUAGUUGACAGUUGUGGGCUCAUGUAGUCUUUUUUGCCAUGAGUAGGAGCCCCUAGUGGGGCUGGUGGACAGCUUUGGAAGAGGUGUCCUGCUGCUGUCACCAGCCAUGUGGGCCCCAUAGGGGCACUGUGCCUGCUGCCCUUUCCUGGCAGGGCUGGUGGAGUCUUCCCUCAAAGCAUGCCUUACCCAGCUGGGAAGUCUCUGCCCUGAUCUGGUACUCCUUGUAGUAAGCUGUUUUCUGCUCAGCCACUGGGCUCUUUCAGUUUUUUAGUUCUUAAAAAUUUAUUUUUAAGUUCUAAAAUAAAAUAAAAAUAAGUUCUUAAAAUUUAUUUUUUUCCUGAAUAAAUUAUAUUUGGUAAA